CUAAUAAAAUAAAUAAUUAAUGGUUUUUAAGUAAAAAUCUGUUUAGUUCUACCUAAUGUGUUUACCCGAAAAUAUUUAAGUCUUAUUUUGGGGGAAACACGGUAUGUAUAAAAUUAUUUGGUGUCAAAGGUUACUUGAUGACCCUAUCCGCGACACCGGUUGCCAUGGUUUUGAUCAUCACAAUUUACUAUGCGACUGACUGCCAGUCUAAUGCCAGGAUGGCUUUAUAAUUGAGGGUAUUCGCCACUUCCACUGUCUCGUACUCUAAAAUCAGAAAAAACAUUAUAAUGGAAAUCGCAUCACAUCUAGACCACGUUGCUUCGGUUUAUGAAGAGCUUGAAAAGUUGCGAGAGGCCAAUCAAAUGGCACAAUUUGUUAUGGAAAAUCGUCACAGGAACCGGGACUUUCCAGCAGUGACACCAGACGUUAAUGAUGCUAUUCCCGAUGCACAAGAAGAGCCAGUUGUUAUGAAAAAGCAAUCAACAAGACACAGUGAAGUACUGACUGAUGAUAUUUGGGGAGCUUCACAAUAUCUAACUGAUGAUGAUGAUAAAAUACCAUAUGUCAAACAGUAUUUAAAAAAUACAGAUGAACUUUUACAGCGGGACAAAGAAUUGUUGAAAAUAGCUGAACCAACUGAUUAUGAAAUUGUGGAUGAUAUUGGAUUGUUGUCCGUAAGCAGUUGUAAUAAAUCUGGUGAUUAUGAGAGUUUACAUCAUAUUGAUAAUGAUAAAACUGAACAACAACACCUCUUUGAUGUGUUGUUAUCUGAGAAUGAAAAUUCCAGUGUUGAGGAAGAAAAUGAUCUUGUUUUAUCAGUCUCAAUGAAUUUGUUACCAUCUGAUAACAAAAAUCCUAUAGGAAGUAGUGGAAAUAGUGAAUUAAAAUAUGAAAUUGACAAACAAAAUAUGAAUUUGGGAAAUAAUCUUCAGAAUGGUGGUAAUUUUUUCACUUCUUCUGCAUCAAGUCCCCCCAUGAUGUCAUUAGGUAAUGAGAAUGAAUUCAGUUCUCAGAUUGUUGAUCGACAACAUUCUAAUGGUAUUGAUACCAGUUUUCUCGAUCAUCUGUUGCACACUGGAGAUGAUUUAUUACCACAAGAAACUCUAAAAGAAAAAGAUCAACGACACCAACCUUAUAAUAAAACGUCCUCUGAUUCUGAUAAAAGUAUUGAAGAUACAAUUGGCCCUACAUUAUUUUGUUAUAAAAAGGAAGUUGAGAAUGAAAAGCCAUUAAACUUUGCAACAGAUAACUGGGAAAAACCAACUUUUUUCGAUUCUUCAAAAGAAAAUUUUUUCAUUCCAGAAACCAGUUUCCAACAACAGUGUCCUGGUAGAAAUAAGUUAAAUCUGUAUAAAACUAACUAUUCGGUGCCAAAAAUUUCAAAAUUUUCCUGUGUUUGGGAUUUAUUACCUGAUGAAAUGAUUUUGAAUAUUUUUUCUUAUUUAUCAAAAAGUGAUUUAAUGCAACUAUCUCUCACAAAUCAUAGGUUUUACAAUUUGACCAAAGAUUCAUGUUUAUGGCAUAGAGUAGAAGCAAGUGAUAUGGAACUUAGUUCUGAACUUUUUGAAAGGUUUCAAAGCGUAAAGCCGAGGCAUAUUCAUUUUCACAGGUGCUCUGCAAAAGGCCUGAGCGCAAAAGUUCUUCGUAACUUCUUUCAAAAUUGCAAAACUUCUUUAGGACAUCUUCAUGUGAGUGAAUGUAUGCAUGAGUCGUUGUUUGGUGAUAAUAUUCUGCUUCAUGCAUCAUCUCAUUGUAACAAAGUUGAAAGCAUUUCAGUGCCUUGGAGUAAUACCACAGAUAAUGGUGUCAGUGCACUUGCAUCUCUUGUUUCUCUCAUAAAUUUGGAUAUCAGUGGAAACUGCUUCAUUAGUGAUGAAUCUUUCAUUCCUUUAGUGAAGAAAAUUGGAAAUUCAUUACAAAAGUUGAAAGUGAAUGGUUGUUUUGCAUUAACGUGUAAGAGCUUUCUAGCAAUUGCUGAAAACUGCUGCAAUGUUAAAACACUUGAAAUAGGCUUAUGUGCAAAAGCAACAUCUGAAUGUGUACAAACACUUGCCAAAUUUGUAUUCAACGUGAAAGAGCUUGAUCUUCGUGGCCUGAAGUCAGUUAAUGAUGAAUGUCUCACUGUGAUAUCAAAACACUGUAAAUCUUUGUCUAAGUUAGUUUUAGCCAACUGUGCUCUCAUUACUGAUACAGGUCUAUCCGAUCUCGCCUUUGAGCUUCCAAAAAUAAAAGAUUUAGAUAUAUCAGGAUGUUCCAACGUGACUGAUGCAGGAAUAUCAACUUUGGCUACUGGAUUCUCAAAUCUUGUGUUAUUAAAUUUGAGCAGCACAUCUAUUACGUAUGUCAGCAUAAUAACUUUAACAGAAAAUUGUUAUGAUUCUCUAGAAGUUUUGAAACUUAGUUUUUGUAAUAAUAUCACUGAAGAUAGCGUCAAGAAAUUAAUAAGCUUCUGUUACAAAUUGAACUGCCUACAUUUACAUGGCUGUAAACGUGUAUCUGUUAAAUCACUGAGAGCAAAUCAUAAAACUUUAAAAAUAUUUUCAUAAUGAGUUGUAAUGUAAAUUUUUCAUUUGUUAUCAAAGUUAAUAAUAUUUUUUUUUGCCAAUUCAGAUUUAUCAUGCUUUACAAGUAUUUCUGUGUAUGUGAUGCUCUAGUCAAGAGUAUGUUUCAAGCAAUUAUUUAUUUUUUAUAAAAUCAUGUGCCAUUGGAAUGUUCUUGAAAUUUUUAUAUAAAUGUUUUAUUGGAAGAAUCGCAUCUCUAUUUUAUAUGUUCCAUUCUUUGUUAUGACAAACAUAUAAAUUUGUUGUCCUAAUACUUAUUUAGAUCACUUUUCAUAGCAUAAGUCGAUAUGCAUACUGAAAAGAUCUCAAGUAUGUCGCACCAAUUUGUUUGUGAAUCUAACUAAUGUCAUACAGAGUUAAGAUAUUGAAAUCAGUUUGCAAACAUUUUCUCAAUAUUGAAAUUGUACAAUGCAAUCAUGUAUGUGCUGUCUGCCUAAAAUGUCUGAUUACAUCUGACAAAUUCUUUUGGAUUGAUCUUGAGUGAUCAGCUGAAUAAUUCAAAUCUGUCUAUUUCUUUCCUUGGAUUUCACUUUUAAUUCUUAUGCUCAGGAUUCAAAAAAUCUUUCAUUCCUAAAAGAAAUCUUGUAUUCAGCUGAUUGAAUGGGUCUUUAUGGGUCACAUAUUCAUGGUCAACUCAAAGGUGUAAGCCAUAAUAUGACCAAGUCACCAACUCUGCAAUCUUGCUAAAAGAAAUUGAAUCUCAGAAAUUGCACAAAGUCUAGUCCAAUUUAGUCAUGGGAUUCUAAGUAUCAAGUCUAUCCACAUGACAUAUGUGGCUUAAAGUUAAUUUUCGAGACUUAGUUAGGCCAAUGCAAGAGCAUGAGUCAUACUACAAAUGAUAGAUUUCCAUAUUUUACAUACACAUUUACAGAGUACUCGUAUGAU